UGACAAAUCAAAACCUUUUUCUGCAUUUAGAAAAAAAAUGGACUUGUCUGUGCUCCCUUCAACGAGUGAAAACGGCACUCGUUUUACCAUCCGCUCAGCCAGCUCUCCCUCUUACAUGUUCACGCGCAGGUCAGGCAUCAGGAGAAGGGAGACAACUGAAGCUGCUGGAGAACGAGAGAAACGUGGGACAAGCGUAGGCACAAACGAUUCAAAUAACGAUGGGAACGAGAGAGUCAAAGAUCAGAGUGAGGAGAAGGAUGCGUCAAGCUGUCGACUGACAUCAAAGCUGGACCAAAAUGGCACGGCGGACAAAACAGCCCUGGAGUAUAACACAGAUGUCUGUGUAAACUCUGCGCUUGAAAGACGUGGAAGAACAGAGUGGAGAUCCAACCUGCCAAGUAGAAGUCAGAGUUUUGAGUGGAGACCAAGAACAAGAAGCCCUAUUCAGUGUCCCAGAACUGACUCGUCCAUGCUGUCGUCCAAAAGAGAAGCUGACUUCAGUAAAAACACAGGAGGUUCAAAGGAAAGGACAGAGCUUGAGAUCAACAUGACGGGAAGGGUGACGUCGUCUCUACUUCAAGAAAGUAGCCCUGUGAAUUACAGUAGCCUGUUUUUGGACGAAGCCAGCAAGGUAAAGUCUCUCCCUUCUAGGUUUAGGUCUGAGUAUGGCCCUGACUCGAGGUUUACAGAGACUUCGUUUGGGCCCAAAGGGGUUCAGAGUAUCCAAGAGCGGAUACAGAAACUGUUGGAAUCAGCUGGCGAGAAGACGACAGGAGGAACCUUUCCCAGGCGGUUCUCAACAGGAGAUAACUGCAGUCCGGUGCAAACCAGGGUGUCAUUUAUCUGGCCUCAAAAGGACGCCAACACUUCGGUGUCUGAGACUUUGGUUUCUCCUGAGAUAAAAAAGCCUAAAGGGAAAUCUCCAGCGAAGCAGUGGCGAGGAUCAUUCAACAGCAAAUAUUCAGAGGACGUUAACUGGAGCAAGGGCAUGAUGGAAAUGGGUACAAAGUCCCUGGACAGAGCAAGAAGCAGGAACACUGUAGCAGCUCAGAUCAACUCUCUCAGGGCUACAGGAGAGAUUUUUCAAACUGUACAGCCCAAAACUAUUUCAGAGUACAGAACCGGACAACUCAAAGGACUGGAAAAGAACAAAGAAAAAGCUGAAGGAGCAAUAAAACAAACCAAACCCAAGAGUGUUACAGCUGAUGAAGAUGUGUUUGACACAAACCCUCAGAUUACGCUGAAACCCUUAGAGGAGAAUAAGCUUUCAGAGACAGUUCCUUCUUCAGCCAGCGUUCGAAAUAAGAUCAGUCAGUUCGAGGCUCUGACACAGAAAGUCACAAACGAAGUCCAGACACCGAGAUGGACAUUUUAUACAUCGACACAACUCUACAAGGCCCACGAUGGGGUGAAGAAGAGCAGGUCAGCGAAAGAAAUACGUAAAUGCGGAGAUAAAUGGGAGGGAGACAACGGGAGAGAAAACUGCAGAAAGCUUGGACCAGAGAGGUCUUUAUCAGUGGACGAGGUUGGAUUAAGAUUAGGGAAGAUGGAGACAGAAGGAAGAGAUUCAGUUGACACAGGCUUCUCUGAGGAUUUUGACAAAUAUUCCAGACUCAAGAAAACGAUGCACAUUCCUCUCGACGAAGGAACUCAACGACGCAGAAGAAUGUUUUAUUUUGAGCCUGAUAAGUUUGAAAACUCAAGCCCCGAGGAUUCGAGCAAGGAAGAGGCAGCAAGCAACAGCGUGCUGCCCCCACAUCCAGUCCCCGUACAGCCGCAAAGUGAAAUUUGUUCUCCUGUUAGUGACGAUGACAAGACUCCAACAAACACCCCUGAUGGAUUUUCUUUUAUUUUUUCUGCUGCACAAACAAAAAAAGCCCCUGCCAUUGCAGACGAUAAAAACAAAAGCACUUCUGUUAUCACGCAAGAAGAUGAAAUGGUCUCUCCCCUUCUGCCUGCCACUUCCUCCCACAACAACGUCUCAGUCGUUUGUACAACACAAGAGGAGAAAACCGAUGAAACAGACUUUCCCUCUUUUCCUCCUGCCACUAUCUCCAAAAGCAGCAUGUCGGACGUCUUCUAUCCAGAAGUUAAAACAACUUACCCGAAGGGGAAGAAGCAGCUGUUGGACCUGAACGCAUGGGUGGCAGGUCUGAACCCAGAGUAUAAAGGAUGGAACGAGUACAUAGGUCAUUACGAGGAUGAUGAUGAAAGCACGCAGAAAGAUGAUGAUUCAAACUACGAUUCAGACUCGGAUUCAGGGGAUUCGUCUGUGACCAUCACCAGUAAUAAGAGCCAAUCAGAUCGGAAGAGUUUCAGUUUGAGUCUUGCAGAGCUGUGUAACUUUUCCGGCGUUGAAUAUGAAUCGGAUACGGACGUCGAUGAGUGGGCGCAACACAACCGGCGCUCUGCCUCAAUGAGCUCAGACAUUUCGGCCUUCUCCUGUGUGUCUUUGAUGCCUGCAGAGGAGCUCGACAAGCUGCUGGAAGACGUCAGGGACCUGGGGGAUGAAACUCUGCAGGAGUAUGAUGACAUUCAGGUUGUUGUUCUUCAUAAGGAGGUUGGGGUAGGGCUGGGCUUCAGUCUGGCAGGAGGAGCAGACCAAAAUAAACCCAUCACUGUUCACAAGGUGUUUCCUUCAGGUGUUGCAGCCCAGGAGGGCUCCAUAAUGGAAGGGGAUCAGGUUUUGUCUAUCAACGGCAAUGCACUGUGUGGGAAUGCCCACUGGGAGGCGCUACGGAGCCUAAGAAGGGCGAAGGCUCGGGAGAUGGUAGUGGUUGUGCUGAGGAAAAGUGAUGUCAGUGGUGCUCCGCAGAAGAUCGGGCAAAAAAAUAAUGAGCGAGUAGCACAGACUCAACUGGAAACAGGCCAACGGGUGUGUGUGCAGCUGCAGAAGAACAGCAGGGAUUUGGGCUUCAGCCUGCAGGGAGGUGUGGGCUCCAGAGAGGGGAACAGACCGCUCACCGUGCAGAAGAUCUUCCAGGGUGAGCGGAGCAAAUCAGGGCUUCUUCAGACACACUAA